AUGUCACUCGCAGCUCAAGCCAUCUUCACGGACAAGAAUCCCACCUUGUAUCACACAAAACCCUCAAAACAGUACCCAUUUUCACCUCCAAAUCCGAAGUCCCCUGUCCCAGUUUUCGGGCUUCAGAAAUUUUCGCAACCACACAUUUUCCCUGUUUGCAGAAAAAUCAACGCCGCCUUCGACGAGCCGUACGGCCCCUCAAGAAGCCUAGCGAAUGCGAAUGAUAAAAACAGCUUCGUAUACAGCUUCGACUUGGACGGUUUUCUCUCCUUUGUCGAAUUUCUCAGCCUGGCCUCCUCCGCGGCGAUUUCCGUCUACAUGGCUCUGAGCUGCGGGGCACUGAACGGCAGCGUUUUCGGGAACGGGAGGAUUCUGUUGUGUCAGUGCGUGCUUUUGGUGAGCGGCGCGUCUGUUGGGGCGGUGAUAAGACGGCGGCAGUGGAGGAGGAUUGGCGGGACCGUUGGGUUCUCGAGAGGCGCGUAUGGUCAUGGGGCUAAUUUGUUGGGGAGGGUUGAGAAAUUGGAGGAUGAUUUGCGCGGGUCGGCCACCAUUGUUAGGGUUUUGUCGAGGCAGAUUGAGAAGCUCGGGAUUCGGGUCCGGGCCACUCGGAAAGCUAUCAAAGAACCCAUUUCGGAGACUGCUGCAUUGGCCAUGAAAAAUUCCGAGGAAACUCGAGCAUUGGCAGCACAAGAAGACAUUCUUGAGAAGGAACUCGGUGAAAUUCAAAAGGUUCUGCUGGCUAUGCAGAACUCGUACAAAAUUGACCAAAAUAGUCUGAAAACCAUAACUUACCAAAAUGAGCUCACCGGGUACAGAAAUGCCGAGCACCUCAUCAAUGGGGAUUCAGAGCAACAGCGUCGCCCAAAGAGUACGGAGACCCCGACGGCUAGACAGUGGUAG